GACAGCCGCGCAGCGCGUGCUUCGGUGCUCGUGACCCAGGGACAGCAGGCGCGUGGAGGCUCGUGGCCUUGUUGACGGUGCAGGUUUCAUUGGUUUCUGUUCGUCAGACGCAGUUUCUCACCCCCCACAGCCUUACACGCAGCUCUGCAUUUGCAGCCAUGUUUAAGACCAGUAGCAAAGACUUGUUUCUGCCUUCACCUGAGCUACUGGACAGCAUGCAGUCUGUGGAGGAAUCUGACGGUGACUGUGGUGGAAGCGCCGUAUCGUUGGCCGAAGCCCUGCUCCCUGUGACGGAGUCCUCACCACCUCCAAUCCCCUGGGUCUGCUCAACCCGCUACAAGACGGAGCUCUGCACCACUUACUCAGAUGAUGGUUUCUGCAAGUAUGCCGAGCGCUGCCAGUUUGCCCACGGCCUCCACGAACUCCACGUUCCCUCACACCAUCCAAAGUACAAGACAGAGUUGUGUCGCAGCUACCACACAGAUGGCUACUGCUACUAUGGCAACCGUUGCCUGUUUGUCCACAGUCCCACAGAGCAACGCCCCACCCUCCGUCGUCGCAGGAACGUCCCGUGCCGCACCUUCCGUGCCUUUGGGAUUUGUCCCUUUGGAACCCGCUGUAACUUCCUGCAUGUGGAGGGUAAAGAUGAAGACGGCCGUCACGAUUUGGCCAGUGUUGGUGAAAAGACCGCAUUUGUGCAAAAGCCCAAUGGGUGGAAACCUCGAGGGGCUCUGUGCCGCACCUUCAGCACCUUUGGUUUCUGCCUGUACGGAACCCGCUGUCACUUCCAGCACGGCCUACCUAACAGGAUAAAAACCUCCAGUCAACACAAUGGGUUGCUGUCCACAUGCGCGUCACGUUUGCCUUCUGCAUCAGAUUCUUCAGCCUCAUCAUCUCCUCCACCCACCACCCCAGAAGCACUAGCACACAAUGCUUUCACCUUCUCCAGUCAGCACUUAAAUGAUCUGCUCCUGCCACUGGCCCUCCACCUGCAGAAGCUGGAGAGCACGAAGGCCCAGGAUAUCUGGGCCAACAGGAUGCUCUAAACUGCUGCUGAACACUUUCUUUUUUUCUUUUUUUAAUAUGUAAUUCCCCCCACUUUACCCCAAGGGUUUUUUUUGUAUAUAUGUUCCAAUUGACUUGAGCUUGUUUCAGAAGGCCCAAGCAGGCCUUGGCAAACAUGACUAUUCAGUCAUGGAUCAGUCUGGAGUAGCUCUGGAAAGAGAAUCUUACAGGUGCAGCUAUAUGUGUAAUAUUUUUAAUUGUACAUGGCUAUAUGUCUGCCCAAAGCACUGUAAAUAAACCAUGUUGCUUU